AAAUGUCUAGCCUCGAAAAAAACUAAUAAUGGCGGCUGUAAUAAGGAUUUAAAACACGAGGUAAGCACUGAAGAGUUGUGUCAGUUCUCAGGUUAUAAAGAUGCGAAAAAUUUGCCCAUACUGUGGCACAGAAAUUCAUGAGCCAUUUAUCAGGUGUGUAGAAUGUGUUCCAGAGGUUGACUUAUGUCUUUCCUGCUUUGCAAAAGGGAAGGAAUUCGGUGCCCAUAAAAAUGACCACGAUUAUGAAGUGCGACAGAGUAAUUUCUCUCUGCUUGAAGAUGAUUGGAGUGCAACAGAAGAGCUCAAACUACUAGAUAGCCUAGUGGAUCUUGGUUACGGAAACUGGAGCGAGGUCUCUAAGCAGUUACAAACGAAAAGCGAAGAGGAAUGUAAGCAACAUUACACGCACAACUACAUCGACAGUCCAGAGGAUGUUUUUGCAACAAUAUUGCCUCCUUUGACACUGGCCUUGGCACCUAAAUGUGGACGCAGAGAAAUUGCAUUCAGAUUUUCUGAUGAUCCACCGAGACCAAUGCCCAUGUCAGAUAUGGCAACUGAAAUUGCUGGUUACAUGCCCUGUCGUGGGGAUUUUGAUGUUGAGUAUGAUAAUUUUGCUGAAACCUCCAUAAAAGAUAUAGACUUUAAUGAUGAUGAUGAUGAGUUGUCAACUGAAUUGAAAUUUGCUGCAAUAGAUAUAUUUUAUUCAAGGCUGAAGGAACGGCAUUUCAGGAAACAGGUGAUAAGAAAAUAUGGGUUGAUAAAUAUACUAAAAGACUCUAUGGCUUCGUACAACAAGCAAGAAAGGAUGAUACGCGAGGCCAUGAGGGUUUUCACCAGGUUUCAAUGCCCAGAAAAGUGUGAAAUGUUUCUACAAGGCAUCAUUCAUCAAAGUAAUCUAAUGAAACAAAUAAAACUAUUACAAGGAUAUCGAAAAGCUGGCUUGAAAAAAAAGCAAUCUGCUGGCAUCUUUAAAAAACUCUAUAACACAAGACAAGAAUCCAAAACAAAACGGACACUGGUGAGUGAGAUCUCUUGUCAUGUUGAUAUGCCAAUGUCAUGUCAACUAUGGCUUAGAAAACAAUUACAGUCACAAGCAAAUGACAAAGUAAUAGCAGCACCAAGCAUGUUUCCCCAACUGUCUAGAAAACCUGCAGCACCUCUAGAUCUUAGUGGAAUGCCUGGUGUAGAGCAACUUAAUGAUGAAGAGAAAAUUCUAUGUUCACAGAUACGUUUACCUCCUCUUCAAUACUUAAACCACAAAAGCACAUUGAUCAAAGAGGGGAAAAGACUUGGCUCACUACGACUACAGCAAGCAAGACCUUUGAUAAAAAUUGAUGUCAAUAAGACGAAAAAACUUUAUGAUUACUUCGUAGAACAAGGAUGGAUCGAUGCUGGUUUUGAAUAAAACAAUAAAAAAUUAGCUGUAUUAUUAAUUGUUCUUAGUGUUCAAAGUUGUAUUUGCUUCACUUUUGUCUUUCAUUGAUUGUCUGUUUACCAUAAAAACUUGGUUAAGCCCC